CCUCAGAUAAAACCUGCCCUGCGUAAGAGCUGUUCCAGCUGGGGCUUAUCAGCCCUGGGAAACCUCAGUAUCAGCAGGGAUGAGCCUGCCCUGGGUCCCUCAGCACACAACAUCCAACCAGGAAUUGUGCUGGGAGUGCUGCUGCUCUGGCGCUGCCAGGAGCUGAUGGAUGUGUGGUAGCUGGCUCUGGAGGGGCUGGAAGGAGCAUGGUUAAACACCAACCCCUGCAGUACUACGAGCCCCAGCUAUGUCUGUCCUGUCUGACCGGGAUCUACGGCUGCCGCUGGAAACGGUACCAGCGGUCACAUGAUGACACCACCAAGUGGGAGCGCCUCUGGUUCCUCAUCCUCACCUCAUCCUUCUUCCUCACCCUGGUCUGGUUUUACUUCUGGUGGGAAGUUCACAAUGACUACAAUGAAAUCAACUGGUUUUUAUAUAACAGAAUGGGAUAUUGGAGUGACUGGUCCAUUCCAAUCCUGGUAACAACUGCUGCUGGCUUUACCUACAUUACAAUGUUACUGAUCCUGGCACUGUGUCACAUAGCUGUGGGACAGCAGAUGAACCUGCACUGGCUGCACAAGAUUGGCCUGGUGACAACCUUGAUAACUACUGUGGUGACCAUGUCAUCAAUAGCACAGCUUUGGGAUGAUGAGUGGGAGAUGGUAUUUAUUUCAUUGCAGGCCACAGCCCCUUUCUUGCAUAUAGGAGCCCUGGCAGCUGUCACAGCUCUGUCGUGGUUGGUGGCAGGGCAGUUUGCACGGACAGAGAAAGCCACUUCCCAGAUGCUGAUGUUCUCUGCAUACCUGGCAGUGGUAGUUGCACUUUACCUCGUGCCCCUGGCCAUCUCCUCCCCCUGCAUCAUGGAGAAGAGGGCCCUGGGACCCAAGCCAGCCAUCCUGGGGCACCGAGGGGCGCCCAUGCUGGCACCAGAAAACACUCUGAUGUCCUUCCAGAAGGCAGUGGAGCAGAAGGUGUAUGGAGUCCAGGCUGAUGUGGUGCUGAGCUAUGAUGGGGUGCCCUUUCUGAUGCAUGACAAGACUCUCAGGAGAACAACAAACGUGGAGGAGGUGUUUCCAGAGCGGGCCUACGAGCUCUCCUCCAUGUUCAACUGGACUGACCUGGAAAAGCUGAAUGCUGGGGAGUGGUUCCUGCAGAAUGACCCUUUCUGGACAGCAGGGGCUCUCUCAAGGGCUGACUACUUGGAGGCUGCCAACCAGUCAGUCUGCAAGCUGGAAGAUAUGCUGGAGGUGAUCAAGGACAACACAUCCCUCAUCCUGAACUUCCAGGACCUGCCAGCAGCUCAUCCCUACCACAGCACCUACAUCAACAUCACCCUGGAAACCAUCCUGGCGUCGGGAAUUCGGCAGCAGGCUGUGAUGUGGCUGCCAGACACAGAGAGGCAGCUGGUCAGGCAGCUCGCUCCAGGUUUCCAGCAGACUUCUGGCCUCAAGCUGGAGGCAGAGCGCCUGAGGGAGAAGGGCAUCGUGCAGCUCAACCUGCGCUACACCCAGGUCACCAGCGAGGAUGUCAGGGAUUACAGCAUGGCCAACCUGAGUGUGAACCUGUACACGGUGAACGAGCCCUGGCUCUUCUCCAUCCUGUGGUGCGCCGGCGUCCCCUCGGUCACCUCCGACAGCUCCCACGUCCUCCAAAAGGUGCCUUUCCCCAUCUGGCUCAUGCCUCCAGACGAGUACCACCUAAUCUGGAUCACAUCUGAUCUCAUUUCAUUUCUCGUAAUUGUAGGAGUUUUUAUAUUCCAGAAGUGGCGCCUGGGCAGCAUCAGGACCUACAACCCCGAGCAGAUCAUGCUCAGCGCCGCCGUGCGCCGCUCCAGCCAGGACGUCAAGAUCAUGAAGGAGAAGCUGAUCUUCUCAGAGAUCAACAACGGCGUGGAGGCCACGGACGAGCUGUCCUUCUGCUCGGAGAACGGCUUUGCCAACGAGAUGGUGACGCCCACGGACGGCCGGGACACGAAGCUGCGGCUGGGCUGAGGCUGAGCCGCGCUCUGCCUCCGGGAUGGACCCUCUGAGGAACUGCUGCCCGGGCAGGAACCCGCUCCACUCCCACCACUGGCUGCUCCACCUCCCUGCUUGUCAGGCUGGGGGGCUGAUUUUUGUAAAUAUGUAGAAAAUCUCGAUUUUUUUUUUUGUCUUUUGUCUUUUUUUUUUUUUUUUUUUUUUGAGUGUAAUUUUUCCAGGGCAUGAGUGGGAAUACCGUGUUCAUUAAAUCCUCAACCUUAUGGCUGAAGUUCUUUGAAUCUUGAUGUGAGAGCCUGAGUCCCCUUGGGGGGUUUUGGGAGCAGCACGUUGGACGUGUGUCCCUUCCUCCCCCUCUCCCCACUCCAGCCCUUCCCCUGGUGCAGCGACUGUGUAGCUGAAUGUUGUGACGUUCUUGUGACGUGUUGAUUUUGUUAUGGUUUCUUUUCUUUUGUUUCUCCCUCGUUCCCCUUUUCCUGGGCAAUGAAGCUGUAGCUCUGAUGCAGCAGGAGGCUGUUGGGAGAAGCUUGCCUAGGAGAGGAAUUCACGCUGCUCUUCCCUGCUGAGGUUCAGAGCCAGGGAAGGGCUUGCACUGGCACCUGCUCCUUGUCCCAUCCUCCUUCCCCAAAGCCUGGAUGCUCCAUGGGGAGCAGCCUUCUUGGAAUGUCCUGUCAGAGUUUUGAAGGCAAAUCCUGAGCAUUGGCCAUAGAUUGGGCUCUGCUGGCAGCAGUUUACGAUUUUUAUUUUUUCCCUUUUUUUCUCUCUUCUCCCCAAGCUGGGCUCUGCUGGGAGCCAAAAUGUCGUGGGCACCAUCACUGCUGGGAUCUGGCUGAAGUGCCUGCCACUCCAAGUGGCAUUUGCAGUCACUCCUUGCUUCCCUGCUGGAAGAGGAGGUGAUGGUGCAGUGGGAGCUUCCCCCUCUCUGGGCUGAGGGUGAAGAAGUUGUAAAUAGUCUGGAAGGCAAAGCAGCCCCAGGAUAUAAUUUAUUCCUGCAAGGAGACCUCUGCUCCUUGCUGUAAAAGCAGGAUCUUUGAAGCUGCACAUUGGUGUCCUCCAAAGGAGGGAUGGUCUUGCAGCAGAUGCUGACAGGCUCUGAAGGCAGAGACUCACAUCAGCAAGUGCCCAAUGCAAAAGGCUUUAACCCAAAAAGUUUAAAAAGAAGUGAAAACUAAAAGUACAGAGGAGAAGGCAGUCUUGGGGAUGCUGAUAUACAUCACAUUCCGCACCCAAAGCCACGAGAGAAACAGCCCUGAGCAGCUUGUUCUUGUUCUGGAGCUGCUCUGUCCUUUUGAGGUGAAAGCAUUUUGAAACCCUGAAGUUCAGGCUUAGUGUGUGAGAGAUGGGGGCAAAAGUGGGUGACUUAACUAUGUGAAAAAAACCACAUGGAUAAUGACAGUGUGAAUUUUGAUGCUCUAAAAAGCACCACCUAAAAUCAAGACUUUAUUUCUUCACAUCUCCCCUGGGUUUUUGUGGAUGUAAGUGGAAUAAGCCUCUGGUCCUUCUUACCUUCCCCAAAUACUGUCCUUCUCCAUGGAACUCUCAAUGCAGUGAAAUGCAGUGUGUCUUGUUCUGCAGAACUGCAAGGUUUUUGGUGGAUUUGAAGGUAUUUUGAGAAUUAGGUUGCUUCUCCCUUUGAUGUGGUGCUGUAUUGAAACAUUCCUGGUGGAUUGUCAUUGCCAAGUGAGAGAUGUUGUUAAACCUCAGCAUCUGUUGGUGAUCACCUGCAUGUUCUGUUUCAGUCCUUGGAGAUGACUUUAUUGAAAGGUUAAGUGCUUAAAAGCUUGGAAGUGGUAAAAGCAAACCAACAAAGAGUUGUUUUUGCAAUUAACCUUUUUUUUCCCCUUUUUUUUGUUUUGGUUUUUUUUUUUUUUUUUUUUUUUUUUUUUUUACAAGACCCAAAUUUCAUGCAUAAUGCACUGACUUUUGUUGUCCAGAAUAUUUGCUACCUUUUUUUUUUUUUUUUUGGAAAAAAGAAGAGGAUGAUACUUUUUUGAUGAGACUAGAGCUAGACCAAAAUAAACUCUGCAAUGCUCUGUGAAAUAAACUGUCAGUAUUCCCCUGCCAG